CCUGGGGAUCAUUCCAGAGCCUCUGAGAGCAGUGUUGUGUCUUUAUUAAUAGCCGGCUGUAGUAGUAGUGGAAACUCGAGCGGUGCCGACGUCAGGACUGUGAGUCACCCAGGCCUGGCACGGACCUGGCUCCCUCUGGCCCGGUGUAAGGCGAUGCUGUUCUCGGAACCUCAGUUUCCUGCUCCGCCGGGCUGGAGAUACGCCUGAUACAAUGGGCAACUGGAGGGGAGCAGCGCGAAGCCCCCUGUUCCAGCGAGCGUCAGGGCAGGCUGUAGAGUACUGAGAGAUGCUGUGACCCAGUGUCCCCAGCAACCUCUGUUCCCAAGUCCCAAGGGUAGAACGGCCCUUGGGUCUUGGAAGGAGGGCUGGAGUAUGAGGGAGGAGGGCUGGGGUGUCCACUUUUGGGUCUGAGAGAGAAGGGAUGGUGCUUGGACCCAUAAGUCUGGGGAAAGAGAAGCAGAGGCCUGAACUCCUGAGUCUGUAGGAGUCUAGACCCCUAAGUAUGAGACAGAAGGGUUUGGGAUGUGGAACUCCAGGUCUGCGUGUGGAAGCUGGGAUCUAGACUCCCGAGUCUGAGUUAGAGGGCUGAAGUCAGGGUUGGCCUCUUUAAAGGAGGAAGGUUGAGGGUCUGGAUCUCUGGGGCUAGCAGAGGAGACCUGGGGAUCUGGAUCCCUAGGUUUAGGGAAGGGGGAGUUAAUGCUUGGAUUCCUAUAUUUAAGGCAGGCUGGGCUUAGGCAGAGUCCUGGAUUCUGGCUGUCAGCACUCUGAGCCCCUAGAGGAAGCUCUGAACCCCCCACCAGUUAUCCCAGAUGGCUUUGAAAGAGGCUCCCCUCCUUUUACCUCUGCUCUCAGGCCUGGCUCUUGGGGGUUCACAAUAUGUUUUGUCCCCUCUGUCCUGGGACCAGCGCCCAGAGUCCAAGCCGGUCUAAGUUUGGAAGAGGGAGGGAGGGGACAUCGGGUUAGGGGGGUGAGGGAGGCGUGUGGGGGGACAGGAUGUCUCUGUCUCUGAGCUGUCACACUCACCUCUGCCCAGAGAAAGGGAGGGACAAAAGGCUCAGAGAGACAGAACAAAGAGAGACACAGAGACAACCCAAGAGAGCCAGACAGAAGGAGAGUCAAAGAAGAGAGUGUGGGAUCAUCCCAUUGGCAGACUGGUUUGAUAAGCAGGGAAGCAGGAAAGAGUGUGUAGGGAAGUCAGAGGCCCCAGCAAACAGAGGCAGGGAAGAGAGAGGGAGAGUACCCUGGGGAGAAACAGAAAGAGGGACAGGGGUGGUGGGAAAAGAGACAGACAGAUGAAAAGAAAAAGAGUCAAAGUUAUACACGGAGAGUAAAGAAAGAGAAAGAAAAAAGAUAGAGGAACGAAGACAUAAAAGGGAGAGGAGAGAGAGAGAGGAGGGGGAGAGAGAGAGAGAGAGAGAGAGAGAGAGAGAGAGAGAGAGAUUGAUUCAGAAGGAAAGAGAGACUGCCAGAGGUUGUAGAGAAGGGAUCGAAGGCUGAGAAGACACAAAAGAAACAAACAAGGCAGUACAGAAGGUGACACACCCCCCAGAAGGUGACAGGGAGCAGGAAGGGGAGUCUGAGGAAUUUCAGGGAGCUGGGAAGAUUGUUUCAGACAGAGUGAGACCAAGACGACCCUCCAUCAGCUUCACCAACCUCUGCUGGGCAAGGACCCAUUGGUGUACAAAGGGUGCCUCAGAGGCUGGCUCCUCUUUGAGGGGUCUAAAUAAGGGGUGCCUGUAAGGGCCAGCUGAUCCCAGGCAACUCUGAGAUGGAGCUCAGGGUCCUCGAGACCACCGAGGAUGGGGACACAGAGGAGGACACAGCUGUGGCCCUGCAGCGGCUAGUGGAGCUAACAGCCAGCCGAGUGACAUCGGUGAGAAGCCUGCGUAUACAGUACCGUCUCAUCCGAAAGCUAGGUUCCGGUUCCUAUGGCCGCGUGCUCCUAGCCCAGUCACGACAAGGAGGUCAAACCGUGGCCCUCAAGCUCCUCCGACGGGACUCAGUCCUGAGAACAACUUUCCUGAGAGAAUUCUGUGUGGGCCGCUGCGUCUCUUCACAUCCAGGCCUACUGCAGACCCUGGGGAGGCCCCUGCAGACACCCCGACAUUUUGCCUUUGCUCAGGAGUAUGCACCCUGUGGGGAUCUCAGUGGAAUGCUCCAGGAGAAGGGCCUCCCAGAGCUGAUGAUGAAGCGGGUAGUGGCCCAGCUGGCUGGAGCCCUGGACUUCCUCCAUGGCCGGGGGCUAGUGCACGCAGAUGUCAAGCCAGACAAUGUGCUAGUCUUCGAUCCUGACUGCAACAGGGUAGCCCUGGGUGACCUGGGUUUGACCCGACCUGAGGGCAGCCCGACCCCUGCUCCCCCAGUGCCCCUGCCCACUGCACCACCUGAACUCUGCCUCCUGCUGCCACCAAACACACUGCCCCUGAGGCCAGCCGUGGACUCCUGGGCCCUGGGUGUGCUUCUCUUCUGUGCUGCCAUGGCCUGCUUCCCUUGGGAUGUGGCAUUGGCUCCUGAUCCUGAGUUUGAGGCCUUUGCUCGUUGGAUGACCACUAAGCCCCAGCCCCCUCGGCCACCCGCGCCAUGGGACCAGUUUGCACCCCCAGCUCUGACCUUGCUCCAGGGACUUCUGGACCUGGAUCCUGACACUAGGAGCCCACCACUGGCUGUCCUAGAUGUUUUAGGGGACGACUGGGGGCUUCAGGGUAGCGGAGAGAGAUCGGGAAGCUUGGGAGGUGUAUCCUACGAAGAUGGGGAGGAAGAAGAGGGAGGAUCGAGUUUGGAGGAGUGGACAGACGAGGAGGAAGAGGAAAUCAAAGAUGGCGGGAGGACGGAGGCAAACAACAUAGCUUCCUGAGACGGUGGUCGGAACUGGAGCUCUUGGGUCCACGUGGAAAAGGCAAUAACCGUUACCGGGAGAAGACAGGGAACACACUGGACUAGAACGUGCACACAAGCCCCCUCCCUGCAGUGCACACACACACAGCUGAGGGCUCAAGGGUCUCAAGUGUGUGCUGCUGCAGCUGCAGCCUCCUCCCCUCCCCCCUCUCCAUCUUCCUUUUGUCUUCUUUCUUCAUCUCUUUCUCCUCUUGAUCUCUCUCUUCCUCCUCCUCCUCUUCCUUUUCUUCUUCUUCUGCCCCCCUCCCCUCCUCUUCCCCUCCUCCUCCUGUGAUCUUUCCUUCUUCUCCCUCCUCCUUUUCAUCCUGAUUUCCUUUUGAGACAAUCCCGGGGAUGCCAUAUUGUCCUCAACCGACUAUGUAGCUGACUUCGGAUCCUCCUGCCUCCACUCCCCAGUGCUGGGGUUAUAGGCAUGCACCCCCACAGUAUUUUUGAAGUGCAGGGUAUAGAUGGGAGCUGGGGCUUCCUGCAUGCUACGAAGGCCCUCUAUCCACUGAACCUCUUCCCCAACUCCCGAGUGUCUUCACAGUGAACGCUUCUGUUUCUCCUACAGAUUUAUUUCUGUACUCUGAAGUGUUGACCAUUUAUCAUGAAUUCUGACGGGACCACUCUUCUGUAAGGGCGGUGGUUCUCAACCUGUGGGCUGUGGCCCCUCUGGGAGAGUCGAACAACCUUUUCACAGGGUUUGCAUAUCAGGAAUCCUCCAUAUUAAAGUAGCGAUGAAACAAUUUUGUGGUUAGGGAACUAUAUUAAAGGGCCACAGCAUUAGGAAGGUUAAGAACCACUGUCUAAGACCAUGGGGGCUCCCACCAUCUGAGGCACAAAAUAGGAUCCGACGGUAUGUUACCUGACAUUUCUUGGACUCUGUGUUGGUGACAUUGUGGGAACCGUCACACACACAGCAAGAGAGACAUGCGUGUACACACACACACACACACACACACACACACACACCACCACCACCACCACCGCCUACCGACACCCACACAUCUUAUAUGCCCCACUUAGCACCUUUUACUUCCAUCUCGGCUUUCAGAAACGUCCCCAUCCCUGGAGCCCUCCCAGACAUCUAUGCUUCUCUUCCCGUCCUUGUCACAAACCGCUGGGAUGUGCUUGGGUUUUCUCACUUCCACCUUCUGUUUCCACAAAGCCCCAAGUUCUCGGGCUACGAAUAUCCCAGAUCCAUCUAUCUUCAGGGACCCAUCAGGCCUGAGAGCCAGGACUGGUUCCACGGCUCCUCCUUUUCCCCAAAGAGCACACAGACUCCAGUUCCGUGUGGCUGGAGUCCCCCGCACCCAGCAGAGGGGCAGGAACUGGAACCAUCACAGGGAUUCACACUUUAAAAAGAUUCGAGUUCUCCUGUAUCCCAGGAUGUCCUCUCACGAGGUGGCAGAGGACAGCCUGGAACUUCUGAUCAUCCUUCUGAUAAUCCAAAUGCUGGGAUUAGAGGCCUGUGCUAUGACAGAGGCGCUGGGGAUGUGAGCUUCCAGGGGGUCAUGCAGGGAAACAAACACUGCAACUAGAACUACAACCCCAACCCGGAACCUGCAUUUUCUAGAUUUCAAAGUGAGUUCACUAAAUGCACCAUGGUGCCCUGAACUUGAGAACAGGAAAAGAACCUUGAGAGCAAAGAUGGUUGGGUAGGAUGGAUGACUGUGGUUGGAAGCUUUGCUAAUUCAGCAAUGAACCUUUCGUGAGAUGCAAGCUGGGUGAGGGGUCCAAGGGACCUUUAUAACUGUGUGACCUUUGCGACUGUUUUUGUAAAACUAAAAAUAUUUACAAAAUAAAAAGUGCAUUUUGAACAAUGAAA